CUCUCGUGUUUCAGGCAUGCCAAUAUUAUUUUUCUUUCAUUUUUGCAAAUUAAGUUUCUUUAAUAAAAAUCAAAACUUUAACGGAAAAACUUAUAAUCACUAGGUGUUCAAGGGCAAUUUUCAACCACUGUAUAUGGUCAUAGACAUAUGAAUUUGUACGCAAUUGAUUGUUGCAUAUGUUUGCAACGUUCAUCAUCCCGUGCGUGUUAUCAAGGCCAUGUGGCUUGUAUUACGGUAGAGGAAGGAAGACUAGUUAUUUAUUGAUUUUUCCAUUAUUUAUUAUAUUAACGAUAUAUGUAACAGUAAACGAUGAAACUUGUAACAAACGAAAAUAAUCCGUUAUCACUUAAAGUGCUAAUAUCGGCAAAUUUUGCUCAGAAGGAAAUUUUGUGUGAAAUUGCUGAUGUGGAUGAUCCACGUUUCCAGUCCCCACGUCGCCUUCCUGUUCUUGAACUAGAUACUGGUGAAUUUCUCUUCUCAGCAAAUUCAGCCAGUCGGCUGUUAUUUCCACCUCAUCAGAGUACCAGUGUAGUGGUAGAUAAGUGGUUGGAAUGGGAAUCUUCAGAGCUACAGCCUGUGCUUGCAUAUUACCUGAGUGCUACAUCCAAACCAGACACAGGGGUCAGCAGGCAGCUGAAGGAAUAUCUAACUACCUUGAACUUGGCACUUUCUGGAAAGAAGUUCCUUACAGGAGAAGGAGUAUCCGUAGCAGAUGUAGCUGUAUGGAGCAUUCUGUUUCUGUUAGCAACAGGAGCAAAACAUCUUCAGGAGCUGUUGUCAGAACAGAGCCAUGUGCAGCGUUGGUUUUCACAUCUCAGUCUACAACCUGAAGUACAGGUGGCAGUUGAUCAGUUAUGUCCUAAAGUGGGUAUAGCUGCUUACCACAGCUUGGCAAAUGCAACUUGGUAUCCAGUUAAUGCAGUCCUCUCUUAUGUGGAAAAAGUGCCACACUCACGAAUUCCAUCUGUAAACAGUCUUGAUGGUAUGUCCAAAGAAUCACCACUUUCAGAAGCGGAAAUUAAUGCGGCAGCUGAAGCAUGGCAAAGUGGUGCUGCCAGGAGACCAAAACCCAAGCCCCAAGUUUCUCCUGUGUUGCCUGUUCCUGGAGAGCGCAAUGUGUUAAUAUCAUCUGCAUUACCAUAUGUAAACAAUAUUCCACAUCUGGGUACUAUUAUUGGGUGCGUGCUGUCGGGUGAUGUUUUCGCAAGAUUUUCUCGGCUAUGUAAUAAUAAUACAUUAUACAUAUGCGGAACGGAUGAAUAUGGAACUGCCACAGAAACGAAGGCCUUGGAGGAGGGACUAACACCACAGCAAAUCUGUGAUAAGUAUUUCAAGAUCCAUGAUGCUGUCUAUAAGUGGUUUAAUAUCAGCUUUGACCAUUUUGGACGUACAACAACUGCAGAGCAAACAGAAAUCAGUCAAGAUCUGUUCCUACAAUUGUAUGAGAAUGGUUUUUUGUCAAAGGAGUCAGUGGAGCAACUCCUUUGUGAGAACUGCAACAGAUAUCUAGCUGACAGGUUUGUAGAAGGAACGUGUCCUCGUUGUGCAUAUGAGGAUGCACGAGGUGAUCAGUGUGAUGGCUGUGGCCAUCUUGUCAAUGCCACGGAGCUCGUUUCUCCUCGCUGUAAAAUCUGCCAGAAAAGGCCUGUUGUAACAAAGUCAGACCAGUUCUUUCUUGAACUUCCAAAGACAGAGCCCCUGUUGAGAAAUUGGUUGAUUCGAGUUAUUGAUGGCUGGUCACACAAUGCACGAGUUAUCACCCAAGCUUGGUUAAAAGAUGGACUUAAACCACGCUGUGUUACUAGAGAUCUCAAGUGGGGAGUCCCAGUUCCAUUGGAUGGAUACAGGAACAAGGUGUUUUAUGUCUGGUUUGAUGCUCCAAUUGGCUACAUGAGCAUAACAAAAACAUACACAGAUCAGUGGGAGAAAUGGUGGCGGCCAGAGAGGAAUACAACUGUUACAUACUAUAAUUUCAUUGGAAAAGAUAAUGUUCCUUUCCACUCUGUUAUGUUUCCUUCAUGUCUGUUGGGCGCCAAUAGGAACUAUACACUUGUUAGCCAUAUAAUGGCUACAGAAUUCUUGAACUAUGAAGAUGAGAAAUUCUCUAAAAGUAGAGGUGUAGGAGUUUUUGGCACAGAUGCAAAAGAGACUGGCAUCCCUUCAGAUGUGUGGCGUUUCUACCUUCUCUAUGUUCGACCGGAAUCUCAAGAUUCAAAUUUUAGCUGGGUGGAUCUUGCCACUAAGAACAAUUCUGAACUUCUGAACAACCUUGGUAACUUUAUCAACAGGUCUCUUGUAUUUGCUGAAAAGAAUUUUUCACGCCAAGUUCCUGAUAUGUUACCUGGAGUUCAGGAGUGGACACUGUUGGCAUUGAUAACUCGUGAGCUUAAGGCCUACAUGGGAGCUCUGGAAAAUGCAAAACUAAGGGAUGGGAUUCGUCACAUUUUGAACAUCUCUCGUCAUGGGAACCAGUAUAUGCAACUCCUGCAACCUUGGGUACUUCUGAAAGGCAAUGAUGAAGAGAGAGCACAUGCAGGCACAGUGAUAGGUAUCUGCUGCAACAUUGCCUGUCUGUUGGCAGUCCUAUUGAAACCAUACAUGCCUGUGACAGCAGAUAUUUUGAAAGAGCAGUUGGAGGCUCCAGAUGAUGUGUGGAUUAUCAUACCUGAGUUCACAGUUCUGCUUCCUUCAGGACACAAACUGGGCAAGCAUCCUUCUCCACUCUUCAGCAAGAUUGAACCAUCUAGAGUGGAUCAGCUUAAGAAGCAGUUUUCUGGGCGACAGAAAUCACAAUCACCAGAAGUAAAUACUACUAGUUCUAAACCUGCUACUUCUACAGUGAAUGUGGUCACCACUCAAGUCCAAGGAGAUCCAUCUGUAAUUGCCAAGUUAUCAGCCGCCGUUGCUCAGCAGGCAGAUCUGGUACGCAAGCUUAAAGGAAGUGGAGCGGCUCCUUCUAUCUGGCAGCCUCAUGUUGCAGUGCUGCUGGAGUUGAAACGGCACUUAGCAUCUGCUCAGAGUAUUAACGGUAAUGUGAAUGAAGCCAGUACUGCCACCUUGAAUGGUUUGCAGGUGCCUAAUCCUGCCGAAGUGGCACGACUUGAGGCAGGGAUUGCAAAACAGCCGGAAUCAUACAACAUACAUCUUGUUUUUCCAGAAAACUGCAAUUAG